CUGUGACGGUCCUGGACGCUCCGUCGCGAUGGGCUCUGGAAGCUGCCUUUCGAAGUCUAGAACCAUGGAAAUCGUGGAUACGUCGUGCCUGCGAUGGGGCUUUUUCUCCAUCGGCUUCUUCCCCCUCCCCUCUCCAGUCCCAGCAGUCCAGCAGUCCAGCCGUCCAGCAGCAGUCCAGCCAGAUUGGAAUUGCGCCAUUGCCGAGACCAACGCCACUGACACUUUGCAACCUCAGAGUCCGGGAUAGAUAAAGGAGAUGCAUAUUGCGGAGCAUUCAGCUCAGAUACCUACACCUUCUUGGGAUAAUAUUAUAUUGACAGGGGACAAAAGAAGGGAGUAUGUUCGGUCGGUUCGGUUCCCAUGGUUCUGGUUCAAAUCCAAACCAGAGGCGACCAGAUCAUACUGUACUACUUACUGUACCUAUAUACAUAAGCGGAAUACUCCGUUCGGCAAUCAUCCGCAUCAACGAACCACUCACUCACUAGUUAC